AUGGUCGGGGUCAGCCCCAAACAUCCUGAUCAUAAGCGGUCAUUCAUUCCUACGAGCGAACUCUCGAGAAUCAUCAACGUGGAGUCGGUUGUAGAGAUCCUCCGAGCCUGCGAGAAGUCUCGGGUAAGAGUCCCCGGGACGUCGUUCAGAACAUCCGAAGAAAUUGAAUCCGAUGCACGAAGGAUAUGCGGCAUCUCAGAACAAGACAGGCCCAGGUCUGACGGAGAGCCCAAGUCGUACCGCAAAAUCCUCGCCGUUUUGUUGCUGAUAGAACGAGAAAAUAGAAUAGACCACUUUGUCCAAGAAGGCGUCUCUGAUGACGACCUCCCGCUUAUCAAAGUCAAGGAGCAACCUGGCACACAGCGGGAAUCGUUCAGCCUUCGACGCGGCCACGCCUCAGACUCCCCUGUCCGUUGUAUCAACGGUUAUAAGUGGAGCGAGAAGACACAAGCCGACUUUUAUAAAACCCAGUGGAAAAUGCUUGCACCCACGUUCACCUUGGAUAGGCGAGGUAAAGUCCAACACUACUGCUUCUUUGACGACCUCAUCCUGCCCUUUACGUCUUGGAAACUGGUGGCUGCCUCGGGAAUGGGCAGAGUUUAUAAAACUGAGAUACACCAGGAUCACCACACCUUUCCCAACGUCAGCGGCUCUAGCCAAGUCUUUGCUAUCAAGGAGUUGCCAGUGGAAAAUAAAGCAGAAUGCGACCUCGAGGCAACAAUAUUACGGAAGCUUAGUGAACCGAGGCACAGCCAUCGUCAUCUCAUCUCGCUAUUGGCAACCUAUGAGCAAAAUGGGUCGUACUAUCUCAUAUUUCCAUGGGCUGGAGCCGACCUCCGCGAUUACUGGAAGAACAUCAAUCCCAAGCCACGCCAUGACACGGAAACCAUCAUGUGGCUGGCAGAGCAAUGCUUAGGCCUUGCGAGUGGACUCGCAAAGAUCCAUCGAUACCAGACCCUUUCCAGCAGUGCCCUCCUCCAGGCGUCCUCUCCAGGAAAGACCCAGACGGAAACCGUUCGAACCGCAAUGGGACCAGAUUCAGCACCAAAAGAAGAGAACAUGAAAAUCUUGUUUGGACGUCAUGGUGACAUCAAACCGACCAAUAUACUGUGGUUUCCUAAGGGCCCCGAACGAGACAAAGAAAUUCUGAAGAUAACUGAUUUCGGGAUCUCUCGGUUUACCACUGUGAACUCAGUGUCAGCAAGAGAAAGAGGGCGAGCACCCAACUCCCCCACUUACCGGCCUCCAGAGUGGGAUCUCCCGCACCCUAUAAUCAGCACAUCGUAUGAUAUUUGGACUCUCGGGUGCGUUUAUCUGGAGUUCAUCGCGUGGUACCUUGGAGGAUUUGUGUACCUACAGGAGUUCGAGCAACGACGCCUUGCCCCCGAUUUCGACUGGGUAGGCGUUUCUUGCGACACCUUCUUUACGGUUGAGAGCCGGGGUUCCUCGGCCCCCAUCCCCAAGGUGAAGCCGGCAGUAACAGAGUCGACAUCGGCGCUGCGGUGGCUGUUGAUUCCGAAUCAGAAGGUCGAGCUCAAAUGUCGUCACGCGCAGGGACUGCAGAGCCUCUGCUCCCUCCAGACCCUUAGUCGCCAUGGCAGAUAUGGGAAACUGGUCCGACAUGUCCGCAUCAUGGCUGAAGUGCCAGCCUUACUGUCCAACCAGACCGACACACAAGACAAUCCAACCCGGGAUAGUGCCCUAGAGGCGUCGGGGGAGCUGGCAGGUAAGAUACGGGAGGACUUGUCCUGGAUGCAAGAGCCGGCAGAUGACAUCGAAGAAGAAGACGUCAUAGAGCUCCUGUCGUCCAUUGUGGCGUGGGAGGCACACGGGCGGGGUGGUAUUCCACGAGUGGAACUUGAUGCGCGAUUCAUUGACGGUCCGGGAAACCAGUACGCGAAACCGCAUGAACCGCAUAUAGUUCCCGAGGAAUGGCAGGCGCUGUUCACCAGAGCAUCGCAGGUAUACCGCCUCACGAUGGCGGCAAUUGUGCGAAGCGGUGCGACAGUCCCUAACCUUGAGAUCUUCAGCAACACGAUUUGUUGCAGCGUACCGUCCUACGACAUCAACGUUGGAUUAAAGGGCUUGGUCGAAAAUGGGCUCAAGUUUAAAGCAGCGGUCUCCGGCAUCGAGACGCUGGCCUUGAGCUUCUCCACCAGGGUAGACCACGGUUGGAAGGGUUGGAUACAGGCCUAUGGGGCGGAGGCGGGGGAGGUCGAGCGCGCACAGCAACGAAGACAAUGGGCGUCUAUAUUCGACGAAGAAGAGUACAUAAUGAGCGAUGAAGAAGAUGGCGCCGAAAAUUCUAGAGAGGAUUCCGAUGACGAGGAUGAAUACGAUGCCGAUUUCGAUAAAGCUAUAGAAAACGAGAAGGGCUCUGAGAUUCGCGGCCGCUACGGAGACGACCUUCCCCAAGCGCUCUGUCGCGGCAAUUACCCCGGCGUCGCGGGCCUGCUCCUUCAUAUGACGAACCUACAAUCCCUGGACCUGCACAUGUAUCAAACCUUCCAAUACGAGUGCUACGCGAGAGGCUCCCGCCUAUGCCACUAUCACCGGGUGUUCGGUGCCUUAGUACACAGGCGCGUCGUGCUCCCGCAACUACGACGUCUCGUCCUCCGCGGACUCUGCAUCCGAGCCGGAGACCUCCCUGCCUUCGUCGAACGGCACCCACGCCUAGAGCGCGUCGAGCUUCUUAAUACGUUCCUCGAACUACGCCCGGGUUACGGCGUCGACUGGCGCCGCGAACUGGCAGACCUCGCAUCUAGAUCAGCUGGCCUGGCCAGCCUCUACCUGUGCGACCUGUCCUACCUGAACCGCAACUCGGACCCAGGGGCGUUCAAGCCGCUCAGCCUCCAACGCGUAGCCGAGUCUUUCAAUGAGGAAUGGGUCCGCAGGGGGUGGGGGCGGAUCUGCGACUGCGGGGCACAUGGGUUGCUCUGGGCGCGGGAGUUCGGGGCGGACGAGAUGGCGGAGCGCGGGUGCUUUGAGUUUAAGGCUGCGCCGGUGUUGUCGAGGGGGUCGCAUGUGCGGCAGUUCUUGCAGAGGGUUAUUGCUAGGCGAGCAGAGACCCCAGGCGUCGACGAGGACGAUGCGCAAUUUGGGUUGCUUCUUGAACAGGGUGCGUACGAGGUUUAUGCCUGUAAUGCCGGCACCGAUGAUGAUGAUGUCAACCACGCCCGCGGGCCAUUUAGACUGGUAGCGUGCAUGGGGAUGGAGCUGGGAGUGCUAGAAGGUUUGGGUGCUGUUGUGGGAGGGGAAACUAGGGUCUAUGAUGUCUGGUUUGUAGAUGCCUUCUAA